AUGACAGGUCAAAUGCCACGCCUUUCUAAGGUCAAUCUUUUUACUUUGUUCAGUCUCUGGAUGGAGCUCUUUCCUUCGGCUGAGCAACAGAAAAAAUCACAGGUCAAGAAGAGUGGUCUCGUUGUGGUGAAAAAUAUGAAGAUUAUCGGUCUUCAUUGUUCCAGUACAGAUUUGCACGCUGGCCAGAUUGCACUCAUUAAACACGGAUCGAGACUUAAAAACUGUGAUCUUUAUUUUUCCAGAAAACCAUGUUCGACUUGUUUAAAAAUGAUUGUAAACGCUGGGGUGAACAGGAUUUCUUACUGGCCUGCAGAUCCGGAAAUCAGCUUGCAGAAUGAGGCGUCCAAUCCUGUGACUACCGAUGAUGCAAAGCUAGAUGCCAAAGCAGUAGAAAGAUUGAAGUCAAACAGUCGUGCUCGUGUGUGCGUGUUGCUUCAGCCCUUGGUGUGCUAUAUGGUGCAAUUUAUUGAAGAAACUUCCACCAAGUUCGAUUUUAUUCAGAAAAUAGCAAAAUCUCAGCCUGACUCUAAUACUGACUUCUAUACUGCAUGUAGGCAAGAGAGAAUAAAAGAAUAUGAAAGUUUAUUCCUAAUUUCAAAUGAGGAAACGCACAAGCAAAUACUGAUGACAAUAGGCCUGGAGAACCUCUGUGAAAAUCCAUACUUCAGCAACCUUAGGCAAAAUAUGAAAGAUCUUGUCUUGGUCUUGGCGACAGUGGCUGCCAGUGUCCCUGUCUUUGGAUCCUUUGGAUUUUACAACAGUGAAUCACCGCAAACAAACGAAACGGACCAUCAGGGUUUGCCCCAGGAUAUUGCAAGGCACUGUAUGAUACAAGCCAGACUACUUGCCUACCGGACAG